CAUGAGUACAGUCGCUGUGGUGACGAAGCCUUGAUGAAACGACACAUACACAAGCUACGUAACUGCCAUUACCUCUCUGCUUGCAUGAGUUUCACACUGUGGGAGCCCCUGCUUCUGUCUCCAGUUUGACCCAGGACACUUUUAGCAUCUACAUCCACUUUCAUCUCUGAAACCAACUUCAGCAAAUGAAACAAAGUACCUGAAAUAUUGGAAGUUAUCCUCAUAGCAGUUUUUUCUUUCUUUCUUUUUUGCUCAAGACAGAGAUCACUUUCUUUGCAGAAUGAAACAACGAAACCAAACAACUGUGGGAUCUUUCACACUGACUUCUCUGAGGUUGUCAGAUGGGAUGCAGAUGGAUGGACAGCAAUACAAGACACUCAUCUAGCACAAGUGUCGUCUUUGAUUUUGGCUGACUGAGCUGUGCCAUGCCUGACAUGGAGACCUUUUACUACCCCAUACGUCGGUCCUCAAGCCUCUACCUGGACCCUAGCCUUAUACAGCGACGUAUCCUGGAAGAUCAAGUGGAAUUAUGGUGGUUCAGAGACCCACAACGCUCCUUGUUGUGCUACUGUGCCUCAGUUGCCCUCAUACUCGGACUGGGCCUUGGUGGUGUGGGGCUCCUCUCCACCACCACAAGCCUAUCUGGGGAAUGGCGCCUAGGGGUGGGCACCACCCUCUGCCUCUUGGCACUCGCUGUGCUGCUCAAGCAGCUUCUCAGCUCUGCCAUCCAGGACAUGAACUGCGUGCGCAGCAGGCGUCGUAUCGACCAGCUGAAAAGUGGUGGGAGGGCCGACCCCGCGCUGAUUUUAGCUGUAGGGCUGGCAGUCAUGCUGUGCGGGACGGUGCUAAUCUUUGUGGCCACCAUCGGCAGCCAAGGUCACGACAGCAGGGAAAUGUUGGUUUCGGGUCUGGUGCUGAUGGCUGCAGGGACGGGCAUGUCUCUAGCUGUAGCGGGCUAUAGUGUGCUGGCGUACAUCAAAAGAAGAAGGGAGCAGAGGAGGAGAAGGAGGAUGAGAAUGAGGAGAAUGAGGAGGACAGGGAAUCAAGCUGUCUGUGUGUUCAGUGUUUCUGGAGGACAAAUGAGUCAAGCCAGGAGAGAGACCUCGUCGAGCAGGACCAGCCUGAUCUGAAAGGACUUGGUCAGAAAAGAAGGGUAUCUGAGACUGGAUGAAGUGGUUUAGCUAAAGGAACUAAUAGUAGAACUGAGCAGGUUGUGUCAAUAUCCUAUUCAAGUCUUCACAGAUUUUCUUUCCAGUCUCUUUAUUGUUUGCCAUUACCGUAAAAACUGACUGCUGAGCGCUGAACAUCAUCAUUGCAGUACAGUCACAUCAUUUCUA